AUGUAUUACGAUGAAUGGUUGAGACUUGGCAAGAGACUUGGAUUGUCCGGUGGAGACUUGAUCCUCUUCAUCAAAGAUAAGGAAGAGGAAUGUAUAGCAAGGGAAGAGAGAGCUCAACGACGUGAUGAAGAAAGGAGACAGAUGGAGAUGAACUUUGAACUGCAAAUGAAGGAGAGAGACUUAGAGAUUGAGCGUUUGAGGGUCAACAGAGUAGACAGUACUGAUACUUGUAAGGCGUACAGACCUAAGAUUCCAAAGUGUGAUGAAGAGCACGAUAACAUUGACGCAUAUCUGGAAAGGUUUGAGAGAUAUGCUCAAAGUCAAAAUUGGGAAGAGGAGAGCUGGGCCAUAAGUCUUAGCUCACUUUUAACAGGAAUGGGACUGGAGGUGUACACAAGCAUGCCACAAGAAGAGGCCUGUAAUUACGAUUCUCUCAAGAAAGCGAUCCUAAGGAGGUAUCAGUUGACUGAAGAGGGAUUCAGAUCUAAAUUUCGACAAAGUAAACCAGACCAAGGAGAGUCGGUCUUUCAAUUUGUGUCAAGAAUAAAGAGAUACUUCAGUCGUUGGACUGAACUGGCUGGAAUAGAAAAGACGUAUGAAUCCUUAUGUGAUUUAAUGAUAAGAGAGCAGUUUAUUGAAGGUUGUUCGGCCGAAUUAGCGGUAUUUCUGAAAGAGAGAACACCAAAGUCGAUGGACGAGAUAACACGUCUUGCAGAGCAGUACAUCGAAGCACAUAAGGGGACAUCUUCAAUAUUGUCGAAGAGUGUUGCGCCACAAAGGAAGCACAGCUCCACAAGUCAUGAGCAGUCCAGUCGAAGGACAGAAGAGAAGAAUGGGUUGCGGAAAACCUGCUUUAUAUGUAAUAAAGCAGGUCAUUUAGCGCGUGACUGUAGACAAAACAGCAGGAGUAACACUCCAAAGAGUUGCUUUAUCUGUAAUAAAGCAGGACACUUAGCCAGAGAUUGUAAGCAGAUGAGAUCAGCUCCAGGAAAGAAUGACCAGAAGUUAGCAGCAGUGUGUGUUCAAACGGAAGUAGAAAACAGUCCGUUGAAAAACAAUACUGAAGACGGAAAAUUGAAGUUGGCAAGUGGGGAGUCAGUCCCAAUACUUGCAGGAGUUUGUACCAUUGACAGCUUAAAAGGGGAGAGGAACUUAGAGGUACAGAGAGGAUUCGUAGGAACAGAAGAAGUAAAAGUGUUAAGGGACACUGGAUGCGAAUCCGCUGCUGUAAGAAGAGACUUAGUCAAAGAAGAGCAAUUUCUAGGCAAAGAAAUAGUGAUGAUCACAAUAGAUGGGGACGCCAAAGUUGUACCUAUGGCGAAGAUAUGGGUUGACACUCCGUAUUACAUUGGAGAAAUUGAGGCAAUGGUACCAACAUCGUUGAUUUGUGACUUAGUCAUUGGGAAUGUUCCUGGUGUACUUGAUGGACCUGAUCCUGAAUGGAAAAAGAAGAUUGCUUAUACAUCAGUAGCUGCGGUUAUGACAAGAUCACAGAGUAGAAAGGCAGAGCUACCAAUGAAAGCACUGAAUGAGCCGAGACCCUCCUGUGAAACAGAAGUUAAUGUGGAGACAUUAAAGGAAUCACAGAAGGAAGAUAAAGCAUUGCAAAAGCUGUGGGAUUUAGCAAAGACAGAAGACAUGCUCGAAACCAAGGGUGGUGCAAAAUACAAAUUUGCAAUAAGAAAUGGAGUGCUGUAUAGAGUUUAUCUUCAGACGAAAGGGGCAUAUGACUACGAGACCAAACAGAUUGUCGUACCAGCGAGCAAACGCAAAAGAGUGAUGGAACUUGCUCACGAAUCGAUCGUUGGAGGACAUCUUUCAGCAAAGAAAACUGAGGACAGGAUCACGUCAAGUUUUUAUUGGCCUGGGAUUUCAAGUGAAGUUGGACGAUUUUGCCGAUCUUGUGACAAAUGCCAAAAGACCAUUCCGAAAGGCCGAGUUAAGAAGGUUCCUUUAGGAGACAUGCCAGUGAUUGAAGAACCCUUCCACAGAAUAGCCAUAGAUUUAAUAGGACCUAUUGCACCAGUGUCAGACAGUGGAAACAGAUAUAUAUGA